AUGACCACCCCUUUAAAAACAAUAGCAACAAAAUACUCCAAAUAUCUUACACCGAAACGGCUCCUGUUCCGCUCAUCAGACAACUUGCAGUCUCUUGGUCAGGUCAGAGAGGUCUUUAAACAGUUGGGAAAGUAUGGUGAGAUGGCCGAAUACAAAGUAAUGAGAUGUCCUGAGACCUUCCAAUACCUCAACUACGGCUUCAUCGUCUACAAAAAUAGUCAGGAUGCGGAUAAAGCAAUGAAGGAUAAGUUCAUCAAGAUUCAGCCUUCCGACGUUUUUAAUGAACCUUUUGAAAUCAGUCUU